CUGCUUAAAAGUUCUGGCGCUUUGACCUCCAAAUUAAGCGCUAUAAACUUUCUUGGUUUAUCAUACUUGUUUAAACUUCUUUGAAGUAAUUGUUCGGGAGAGUUAUCUGCUGGAUUACAAAUAAUUUCGCCGUUGUCAAGUAACAUGAAGAACGGAGCAUUAGCGCUCUUUUUUUGCAUUCUCAGUCUGACCAGAGUGUUUGCCGAAGAACAAACGACUCAACAGAAGAAAACCGUUGCGAAAAGAGACGAGGUCUUUUACAACAAUGUUGGAUCGGUGAAAAACUCCUACAGUAUUGAAGAAGAGGACAGGAGUUCCAGGUCGGCUGAAAAGGAAGAAAAUCAAAACAACAAUUCUGAGAACAAGGGCGAAUACUUAUACUACGGUUCAGUUUACCCGAGGGACUUUGAAGGAAGGGAAUACGAAUUGAACUAUCCCACUUAUGAAGAAUGGUAUGGCCCCUUUGAGCCGCCUGAGGAAUACUAUCAGAACGUAGACGGAGAUUAUAAACGUUCACUGUACUCUCGAGGGAAAAGAAGUGCAUACUAUGGUCCACGAGGGGGAAGGAGUGUCUACCAUGGACCCCGAGGAGGAAGAUCUGUAGCAACUGGAGCUGGGCCUCGUGGAGGGAGAUCGGUUGAGAACGACAGUGGACCCCGUGGGGGUAGAUCUGUGGAAAGUAAUAUUGGACCUCGUGGGGGUAGAUCUAUGGAAAGUAAUAUUGGACCCCGUGGGGGAAGAUCAGUGGAAAGCGACAUUGGACCCCGAGGGGGAAGGAGUGUAGAAGAUUCCUCUUAUUUGUCAAAUACAAACGUCGGGCCCCGUGGAGGAAGAAGUACAGAUGCCAGUGGACCAAGGGGUGGAAGAAGCGUUGAUAAAUCAAGUCAGAAAUCGGACGCAUCGUCAACUGUAGAAACAGGGCCACGAGGCGGACGAGCAGUUUCAGACACAAAAAGCAAAGCGGAUGAGGCUAACGGACCCCGUGGAGGACGAGAUACCCAGUCUGCAACCAAUGACCAGAGGGGUGGUAGAGAUGUGGGAGAGAAAGGCCCCAGGGAGGAAAGAGUCAGGUCAGUUGAAAAUGAUGGCCCGAGGGGAGGUAGAUCAGUAGAGUCCGGCCCACGGGGUGGAAGAGCUAUUGAUAGUGGCCCCAGGGGAGGGAGGGCUAUUGAAUACGGUCCUCGGGGAGGAAGAUCUGUAUUUUAUGGCCCUCGUGGUGGAAGAGCGAUAGAAUACGGCCCAAGGGGUGGUAGAUCAGUUGAUUAUGGACCAAGAGGUGGUAGAGCGAUCGACUACGGACCCAGGGGUGGAAGAGCUAUUGAGUAUGGACCUCGGGGUGGCAGAGCGAUAGAAUACGGCCCAAGGGGUGGUAGAUCGGUUGACUAUGGACCAAGAGGUGGAAGAGCAAUCGACUAUGGACCCAGGGGGGGAAGAGCUAUUGAAUAUGGACCUCGAGGUGGUAGAGAAGUCUACUACGGACCCAGAGGAGGAAGGGAUAUAGAUUAUGGACCUCGUGGUGGGAGAGAAAUUUAUUACGGACCCAGAGGUGGAAGAGCCAUAGAUUUUGGUCCUCGAGGAGGUAGGGCUGUAGAUUACGGUCCCAGGGGAGGUAGGACUGUCGAAUACGGUCCCCGGGGAGGAAGGGCUGUAGAAUAUGGUCCUCGUGGUGGUCGUUCGGUAGAUUUUGGCCCACGUGGAGGUCGUUCACUUUUAUACGAUGUCGUUUUUGGUCCAAGAGGGGGGAGAUCCUUAGCGUACGAACCACGGGAUAGAAGAUUCGUAGAAUCCGAGGGUCCACGUGGUGGAAGGGACAUUGACUUUGAAUACGGUCCCCGUGGAGGUAGAGACCUAGAGUAUGUAGACGUCAACGGGCCUAGAGGAGGGAGAGCCACUGGAGGAAUUGACUUCGGCCCCAGGGGAGGUCGUGACCUAGAAUAUUCAGAAGAGGAAGGAUUCUAUGAUUUUGGUCCACGAGGUGGACGGGCUGUUUAUUUUGAGACGGGGCCACGAGGGGGUAGGAGUGUGGAAUUCGAGACAGGACCCCGAGGAGGGCGAGAAGUGGAAUAUGGACCCCGUGGCGGACAGUACCUUUACAGUGGGCCACGUAACGGGAGGGACAUAUCUGGACCUCGAGGAGGACGUAGUACCACUGUUGCGGAGAGUUCAAACGGUCCACGUGGAGGACGUGACCUUGAAAAUGGGCCUCGCGGAGGCAGAAGUGCCAUGGCAGGCCCUCGCGGUGGAAGAGGCAUCUUAUCAGAAGGAUCAAUGUGGGCCGCCAGUUCUGGAGAAACUAAUGAUGGGCCACGGGGAGGGAGAAGCGUUGGCAAAAACACUGCUGACGCAUCUGGACCUCGUGGAGGGCGAAGCACUGCUGAGAGCAGCACAGCUGUAAAGCGAGAGGCAACCACUGCAGGGAAAGAGCAAACAGUUGUUAAAGAAAGACAGGAGAGGGACUCCAAGGAAGUAAACGUUGAUGUAGAGAAGGUCGAUAAGAAGCUAACAAAUUCGAGCUGAGCGCAAAGUCGCAACUGAUGGUUUUGCUCAGAAAUAAGAUUGGCCUUCUUUGACCCCAAUGAUGUGCACUGACUGGGAGCGAACAAUCACAAGAUUUAAAGCUGGAGCCUCAUUGGAUAUUAAAACAUAAUCUAACGAUACGAAAAAAUAAGAAAAAAAUGCGUUUAAGAUGAAAAAGUAGAUAUACUUUAGCCCAUCAUUUGCUGUUAAAGUUAAGUUUCUUUACCUCAACGUACUUCACAAAGAAGACAGUGAAUAUUUUUAAUUGGUUAGGAAUGGAUGUAUUGAGGUAAAAGGGAUAAAAUAAAGUUAUAGUAAUCAAGUGUAGUCAUAA